UUUCAACAGUAUCCAUGAUCAUCCCUGCCUCCUAUGUACAAAAGCGUAUGGCGUAUAUUGUUCCUGGUUUCCCUUUAUGGGUACCAGUUAUGCUUGGAUUGGUUAUUAGUGCAGUGAUAAUUUACUCCAUUAUAACCUACAAACGAAAAAGAUCAGUGCAAAUGAUAAAGCCUGUGCCUAUAACCUACGCUGGAGGCUCAAUAGACCCUCAGGGUUAUUCUUCAUUUCACCCUCAGACACAAGAGUAUAUAGCUCAACCAAGCUAUUAUUCCCUGCCAUUGGUCACUAAACAAGACAACGGGCAGACUGAUUGGAGCAAAAACAAGGCAAGCGGAACGAUGCUUUCGAUUCCUCCUGCUUACGUUCGAGCUUAAUGAUGGGAGUAUCCAUGCUCUCCGUGGUACAGGUGCCAUUUUGGGACUUUCCCAGAAGGAUUUGAGUAGUACUAAUUGUUUCGUUCAUCUUUUAACCUUUGAUAUACAGUACGUACAUAAUUUCUGAUCUUUUCUAUACGCAGUAAAAACGAGAAGUUCCGUUGGGGUAAUGGUUUGAACAUAACCGAGCGAUUCUGGA